CGAAAGUUAGUAUAGCUAGACCCUGAAAGGGAAGUUCCGGUGGGAUCACAACAAUAAGCUACUGCACGCCACCGAGAAGUGUAGGGACUUUAUUCAUACCGAAGAAUGGCUCAAGCUCGGGUUACCGAUUAUUUUGCACAGAGUAAGAAGGGUGGCGUUGCUCGGUCUUUACGGUCCAAGGGACAAAGCGUGUCAGUAGAUGUUGUGGAGUCAGCGGUGAUCACUAAACCAAAGACGUCGUCCAGAGCUGCACGCUCUUCACGUAAAACGACGCGCGACCCCACCACACCAGAGCCGCAAAAACAUGUCCAGCAGGAGUUCCUCAAAGUUAUCGAUGAGGCUUUAUCGGCACAAGCAUCGGAUACCGCGACUGACUUGCGAGAUGUAAGUAACGAGGGCUUAACGGCGAGUCCCCGAACUCCUAAACGGACCUCGGCGGAGUUUGAUGUGUGUUCGGUGCUGUUCCCGUCCACAACUGAGCAGCACAGCAGCGCCGAGAAGCGAAUGAGGGUCAAUGCGAGUCUGAGCUGCAGAACUUCACCAGAGGAGCGCACGGUUCACAAGACUGCGAGGAAGAAGCUCGAUCUUAUGAGAAAUGAUGACAAAGAACAGAGCAUUGAGCCUUUGGCCAACAGCACCCCUCAGGCACCUCAACAAACUGCCAGCAAAGAGUCCAAAAAUACUGUUAAUCAUAAUGCAAAUAGCUCCCCUGUAAACAAAACAAGUGGAGGCGAUAAGUCCAAGCGGACAACCAGAAGCAAGAAAACGUUUACAAGAGAGGAUGUGGCGGCAUUGAAGUCCAAGCUGCAAAAACUGAAAGGACAAUCUGAAACCGUGACGACUCCCUCACCUGCCCCUGUGUCGGCACUAACAGAGCUGAAAUCGAGGCUCGAUGCUGCCAGGGAGAUCUCUACCAAAGUUCAGCAAAGAAAAGCUGAGCGAGUUGCAGAGGAUGCUAAAGCUAGGGAAGCACAGGCUGGGCCUGAACCAGAGGAAAGAGAGAAACCACCAGCUUAUCAGCGUUAUCACACUCUAGCACAGGAUGUGCCGCCUGGCCUUACCCUGCCCUACCAAUACAAAGUUCUAGCGGAGAUGUUCCGCAGCACAGACACCAUAGUCGGGAUGCUGUUCAACCGCUCUGAGACGGUCACUUUUGCCAAGAUCAAGCAAGGGGUCCAAGAUAUGAUGCACAAGCGUUUUGAGGAGAGCCAUCUGGGGCAGAUAAAGGGUGUGUACCCUUCUGCCUAUACUUUUCGUCAGGAGAAAAACAUUCCUUCUUUCAGUGCCACUGCAAAAAGGUCCAGCUAUCAGCUUACAGUGGAGCCGGUCAUUGAAGAGGAAUUUAACGGUACUCGUCCAGUGUUAUCAGCCUCUCGUCUUUUGGAAAGAAGGCACAUUUUUCACCAAAAUCUGGUUGACGUUGUGAAGGGACACCACAAGGUGUCCCUGGCUUCCCUAAACCCUCCCAUUGUCAUCCCUGAUGACAAACUGACCCGCUGGCAUCCGAGAUUCAAUGUGGAUGAGGUUCCCAACAUCAAGCCAAGUGAUUUGCCUCAACCCCCUCAAACUGAGAAACUGACCUCAGCUCAGGAAGUGUUGGACAAAGCUCGUGCUCUCAUGACACCAAAGAUGGAGAAAGCCUUGGCUAACAUGGCCUUGAAAACAGCAGAAACUGUCUGUGCUAAGGAGCCAGAGACCUCCGCAAAAUCUGUUGCAAAGCCAGCAGAAACACCCAGUGCCCUUAAAGGAGUUUCUCAAUCACUGCUGGAGAGGAUUCGUGCUAAAGAGGCUCAGAAAGUGCACGCUGCUAUGACACGGAACCCACAGCAGGAGGUGCGCCUGUUGAUGAUGUCACGGCUGCCAGAGUUGGCCAGGAUCCUGCGAAAUGUCUUUGUAGCAGAGAAAAAGCCGGCCCUCAUCAUGGAGCUUGCUUGCAACCGCAUGAUCGCUAGCUACAGAUCUCCUCUCAGUUCUGACGAAAUGGAGAAACAUCUUCACCUGUUGGCCAAGUUGACACCUGCAUGGCUAACAGUUCAUCCAAUCAGGAAGGAUAUGUAUCUAAAACUGAAUAAGACCAUGGAUCUGAAUAUUGUGCUGGACAAACUGAACCAAAAGAUGAAGGAAGAGGAGUGUAUUUGAGGAAAUUCAAAUGAGACUUAAGGAAAUACCAUGUGCAAUAUUUUAUGGAUUAUGCCUGGAUUUUAACUUUUAGAUGACACAAUGACAUUUUAAUUGUGUAUGUUCAGUCAGUUUUGCAUUUUACAAGACCAUUUCAAAUCUGGCGGUCACUACGUUUUUAACUGCUGUUUCCGUUGUAUGAGGUUGCGAUUUUGUUCUUUUGCAUCUUGGCACUAACUCUUCAUAAAUGUAGACAUGUAAAACGUGAUUGGUACAAUGUAGGACUAAGUUUGGCAUCUUUGGUAACUUGGACUUCAUGGUUCAUCUAGUUAACCAAAUGUGCAUUGUAAUUCAUUUACAAUAAAAAAGUUCAUGCAAGCAA